GGGUGACAUUCCUUCACCUACCCCGCCAGUUUCGCUUGUGUGCUCUCUCACUCGUAAGCUUGCAUUUGUGGGAGUGUUAGUAUAGCGUGCAUAGCUUCCAUCUGUCGUUCUUUUAUUGUGCAGCGUCAAGGUCGAACCAAAAACAGGAUGAAACCGGCUUUAACUCUGUCUCUGGCGGCCAUCUUGGCGAUUUCGGCUGUGGUCGAAGCGCGGUUGAGCAUCUGUUCCUCGACUAACGAGUGUCCGCCACGUCAUCAGUGCAUUCGGAAUAAGUGCUCUGACAAGUGUAACACCAUGAGUGACUGCCGACCCGGUCUGGGCUGCAUCCUCGGCCGCUGCAUAGACCUGUGUGCGGACGCCUGCGGUAAAGCUGCCAUAUGCAACGUCAUACUCAACGAAGCUGUGUGUGUUUGUCCCGGAGGCCACGCGGGAAACCCCCUAGAAGAGUGUGUCCCUGCUUUGGGUCGGAUCCCUUGUUGCAACAGAACGCCAGAACCCCCGACGGAUGCAAACACUACAGGGUCUGAUAAGGGUGGAGUCCACUAAAUACCCUAUAGUUCCUCUAGUCCUUGAGUGAUUCUCAUACGUUAUUUGAUGUUUUAAAUUCUGAAGUGAAUAAUAUGUUAAUAUAAGCAUGUAUUGUUGAAGCUGAUAAAUAAGUGGGGUGUAAAGCUAAACUUCUGUUGUUAAAUGUGAUAAAUAUAUUAAAUAUAAAGAUGAGAAGCUUU